AUGGAAGAGGAGGUGACGGAGAGUAGUAGUCACCGUAGCAAGCAGACGCAGUGUGAGAACGACGAGAAUGCAUCGGUGAACUUGGUUGUGGAGGAAAAGGAGCAGAGACUGUCACCUUCGCAUAGAAGAGAGGAUCAAAUGCCCAAGGAACAGGCUGUAAUACCGGAGGAUAUCGAUGCUGAGGUGCUAGUGAAGGUUUCAGAUUUGGUGUGGAUUCGAGGGCUCCUUGAUGCUCAAAGGAAGGCGUUGGAGGUCUCCAAGGCCACGAACUCAAUCCUGGCCGAUGGGAUCUAUCAUGUGCUGACCCCCUAUAUGAAGGAACAAAGUGAGGCUAUUCCGAACCAAUACCACAUUUCUUUCGACAGAUAG